AGACGGGGGGGGGCUGUUCCUGCUUCUGCACGAGAGAGACGGAGCGGCCGUCGGGAAGAGGGGCGGUUGGGGGGGCGGGGCUCUUGCAAAUUAUCCCAAAGUCCGUUUAAGAGACUUAGCAGGACUCGACUUGGAGGAGCUCGGUGGGAGAGGCCGGCGAACGUGUCCCUUUGUGCUAGCCCUCUGAUGCUUCUUAGUUCCAGCUUGUUCCUUCUGCGUGGCUUCCCCCGCGGACUUCGUUGUACUGCAAUGAGCACCGCCACUGGUACAUUUCAACUUGACCAACCUCUCAACUACAGAGGGGGAACACGUGUCCAGCCUGAAGAUGGGGAUCACACUGAGGUGAUAUAUGAACCAGCAACUGGCCGGGUAAUUGGCAAGUUUCUCUUCUCUGGGGAAAAGGAGGUGGAUCUUGCUGUCCAAAGUGCACAGGCUGCCUUUAAAAUAUGGAGCCAGAAAUCAGGCAUGGAGCGGAGCAGUAUCUUGCUGGAGGCUGCUAGGAUUAUCCGGGAGCGGAGAGAAGAAAUUGCUACUAUGGAAACAAUAAACAAUGGGAAAUCCAUCCUUGAAGCCCGAGUGGACAUUGACAUAUCUUGGCAGUGCUUGCAGUACUAUGCUGGCCUAGCUGGCUCCCUAGCAGGUCAGCACAUCCAACUCCCUGGAGGAUCCUUUGCUUACACCAGAAGAGAACCUCUUGGAGUAUGCGCUGGGAUAGGGGCUUGGAACUACCCUUUCCAGAUUGCUUGCUGGAAGUCAGCCCCUGCCUUAGCCUGUGGAAAUGCCAUGGUCUUCAAGCCUUCUCCCUUCACCCCCAUCUCCGUUGUGAUGCUGGCAGAGAUCUACAAUGAGGCUGGUGUUCCCAAAGGACUGUUCAACGUUGUGCAAGGUGGAGCUGCCACUGGCCAGUUCCUGUGUCAGCACCCGAAUGUAGCCAAGGUCUCUUUCACCGGGAGUGUGCCUACAGGCAUGAAGAUUAUGGAGAUGGCAGCCAAAGGGAUUAAACCAGUAACUCUGGAGUUAGGGGGCAAGUCCCCUCUCAUCAUCUUUUCUGACUGUGUCCUGGAGAAUGCUGUGAAAGGAGCCCUCAUGGCCAAUUUUCUUACCCAAGGCGAGGUUUGCUGCAAUGGCACUCGGGUAUUUGUGCAGCGUGAGAUCCUGCAUGCUUUCACCAAGGAAGUUGUGAAAGCAACACAGAAAAUAAAAGUUGGUGACCCACUUCUGGAAGAUACAAGGAUGGGAGCACUUAUCAACAAACCCCACCUGGAGAAGGUGUUGAGCUUUGUUAAACAAGCAAAGGAACAGGGUGCACAGGUGCUGUGUGGAGGGGAAGAAUAUGUGCCAGAUGAUCCCAAGCUGGGCAACGGCUUCUACAUGAGUCCCUGUGUACUAGGAGACUGUAUGGACAAUAUGACAUGUGUAAAAGAAGAGAUUUUUGGACCUGUUAUGUCAAUUCUGCCUUUUGACACAGAAGAGGAAGUGCUAGAGAGAGCAAACAACACCCGAUUUGGUCUGGCAGGAGGUGUCUUUACCAGGGAUAUCCAGCGGGCUCACAGAAUUGCGGCUGGUCUUCAGGCUGGGAUGUGUUUCAUCAACAAUUACAAUAUCAGCCCCGUGGAACUUCCCUUUGGAGGAUACAAAAUGUCAGGAUUUGGACGAGAGAAUGGCGAAGCAGCCAUUGAAUAUUACUCGCAACUGAAGACUGUCUGUGUGGAGAUGGGCAAUGUGGAGUCUGUAUUUUAAUGGCCCUGCUCUGACCCAUUGUUUCCAGCUAACAGUCAGUUGACGUACAGUAUGGAUCAUUAUAAUGACCUAGAGGUGUAACAACAUUGGUGUCUUCCUACUGCUUUUAAUUCUCUCACUUUCUUAUCUCAAAAUACCUCUCGGGGAGAAAAGGAGAAAUGACUCAUACACUAGGAAGCCUCCUGCCACCAACACAAUUCUCACAAUUACUCCUGCCCAGUUUUCUUAAGAACAGGAAGGUAAAGUUUCAGUGAGGCGUGCCAAAGCAGCCUGCUACCCGUUACAGGUGACUGAAAUUGAAUCUUCCUGCUGGUUCUUCCUGUGUUCCAACACUUGACUUGACACCUUGCUGCCUUGGGCCUGUAACUCAGUAUCUGGCCCUGGUUGGUUGGUUAUGUCUCUGGUGCCUUUUCUAGGGGGUAUUUCUGUACAUGUAUCCUGACCCAAUAAAGCUUUUGGGGUUGACUA